AUGGAACACGCACGGCCACCAAGCGCGUUAAGUAUGGCGGAAGGCGGUCCCGUGAGUCGGGCCGACGCCUGGAAGCGCUGGAAGCAGCAGUUUAUGAUAUUUUUAAAGGCUUCGGGUGUACAAACGGAACCGGCGAGUGUUCAAUCUGGCUUCGACGUAUAUGAAACGUUCACAUUCGAGAAGGAAGAAGACAAAGACGAUAUAUGCGUACUAUUAAAAAAAUUUGAUGCAUAUUUUGAUACGAAAGGAAACAUCACGCUUACGCGUUACAAGUUCUUUACUCGCGUACAAGAGGACGGCGAGUCGAUACAACAGUAUGUUACUGCUUUACGUUUAAUUAGUAAAUAUUGCAAUUUUGCAUGCCUUGAAGAAGAAUUGAUAAAGGACCGCAUAGUGUGUGGUGUCCGUAAUCAUGCGAUCAGGGAUCGCUUACUGAGAUGUGAGGAUUUAUCGCUCGACAAGGCAAUUAAAAUAUGCCAAGCAGAGGAAGUGUCUCGAGAGAGUGAUACCCAACUAAGAGCAAGUGUCAGCGGGCAAAGUGCAGUUCAAUGUGAUCGUGUGGCAGCGCGGCGCAGACUCGCGCGAGCGGCGCGGGCGCCUCUGUGCGUGCUGUGGUGA